AUCUAAUAACUCUGACAGAGGCGUAUAUUCAGAUCUACGAGCGGAGAUCACCUGAAGCUGAAAUUAAGAUGGAGACCAACUAAACCAAGCAAUCCAGAUCAAUUCCUGUUAUUUCAUUGUUUUGGUGAAGUCAAAAAGAAGAAGUGAAUAAAAUCAAUCGAUCUAGUUUCUUUUUUCCUGUGAAAAUUGGCCAAUCAAUUAAUUUUCUUUUGUUGUUAAAUUCCGCAUUUUUAGCUUUCUUCAAGAAGAAUUUAAUUUCAGUGAUAAAAAUGGUGGAGGAGAAGAAACGGAACAGAAGCAAGAGUAGGGAACGGAAAAGAUCACGAUCCAGGUCGAAAUCAAGAGAUAAGAAAAAGGAUCGUAAGGAUAGAUCUAAGUCGAGAGACAAGUCUAUCUCGAAAGAGAAGAAAAAGGAUCGAUCCAGGUCUAGAGAGAGAAGGAAGGACAGAUCCAGAUCAAAGUCUAAGGAUAAAAAACGACGGAGUAGAUCAAAAUCUCCUAAACGGAGUAAAGAUAAGAAGAAGGAUCGGGGAGACCGGAGACGGGACGGAGAUGAGGAGGAGAGGAAAGAGGAGAAGGUUCAAGUCAAAGAGAAAGUGGAACCACUCUCAUUAGAGGAGCUGUUGGCGAAGAAGAGAGCCGAAGAACAAGAGAUAGCUAAACCUAAAUUCUUAACUAAAGAAGAAAGAGCUGCACUUGCACUCAAGCGGAGAGCAGAGCAGGUUGGUUGGUUGGUUGGUUGGCCGCCUGGUUUGGGUUGGUUGGUUGAGGGUAAAAUAGAACUGCGUGAGAUAGAACGAAAUAUGAGGGAUAGAGCCCGAGAUCCCAGGGAUAGAGCUAGAGAUAAGGACAGGGAGAAGGAGAGGGAAAGGUAAGAGUAAGGAUAUUUUGAGAAGGAGGCGAUUAAGAACAGAUAUCUUGGGGCGGAGAGGCGGAAGAAAAGAAUUCGGCGACAAAAUGAUCGUAAAUUUAUUUUCGACUGGGAGGUGACCGACGACACCUCGGCGGAUUAUAAUUCUCUCUACAGCGACAGGCACUACGCUCAGUUUUAUGGACGUGGAGGCAUCGGCGGGAUUGAUAUAAAGGCCCAGAAGAAGGAACAGAUCCAGUUCUACGGAGAUCUACUGGAGAGAAGGAGAACUGAUAUGGAGAAGGAUCAAGAGAAAGCUAGAUUAAAGAAACUUCAGAAGAAGGAGGAUAAGCAGAGGUUUGAUGAUCGUCACUGGACGGACAAGGAACUGCAAAACAUGACGGAGAGAGAUUGGAGAAUCUUCAGAGAAGAUUAUAAUAUCGGGAUCAAGGGGGGCAACAUUCCGCAUCCGAUCCGUAGCUGGAAGGAAAGCAAUAUUCCAGACGAAAUUCUGGAAAUUAUUGCCAAGGCUGGAUACGUGGAUCCUUCACCCAUUCAGAGACAAGCUAUCCCUAUCGGUCUCACCAACAGGGAUAUUAUCGGAGUUGCUGAGACUGGAUCUGGUAAAACUGCUGCGUUCUUGAUUCCUCUUCUAGUCUGGAUUCAGAGUCUACCCAAGGUGACAAGGUUAGAAGACCAGGAUCAAGGCCCUUAUGCUAUCAUCAUGGCACCCACAAGAGAGUUAGCCCAGCAGAUAGAGGAAGAGACGAAUAAGUUUGGAGAUCCCCUGGGGAUACGAACUGUUGCAGUUAUUGGAGGCUUAUCCCGUGAGGAGCAAGGAUUCAAGUUGAGACUUGGUUGUGAGAUUGUUAUUGCUACUCCUGGUCGUCUCAUUGAUGUCUUGGAGAACAGAUAUUUAGUUCUUUCUAGGUGUACCUAUAUAGUACUUGAUGAGGCAGAUAGAAUGAUAGACAUGGGUUUUGAGCCUGAUGUACAGAAAGUGUUGGAUCAUAUGCCUGUAACCAAUCAGAAACCGGAUUCAGAGAUAGCCGAAGAUAUAACAGCGCUGUCACAGAACUUCAAGAUGAAGAAUAAGUACCGACAAACUGUCAUGUUUACAGCUACCAUGCCCGUAGCAGUAGAACGUCUUGCAAGGACCUACCUAAGACGACCAGCCUACUGUUAUAUAGGAUCUGUUGGUAAACCUACAGAGAGAGUUGAACAGGUUGUGUACAUGAUGAAGGAGAACGAUAAGAGGAAUAAACUGAUCAAUAUAUUGAACUCAGGAAUAGAACCACCCAUCAUCAUUUUCGUUAACCAGAAGAAGGGAGCUGACGUGCUAGCUAAGGGUCUUGAGAAGAUGGGAUAUAACGCUGCUACUCUCCACGGAGGAAAGGGCCAGGAACAGAGAGAUACAGCUCUAGCAGGUCUGAAGGCUGGUGCUAAGGAUAUCCUUGUGGCAACUGAUGUAGCAGGUCGAGGUAUUGACAUCAAGGAUGUGUCCCUUGUCAUCAACUACGACAUGGCGAAGAACAUCGAGAUGUACACUCAUAGAAUUGGGCGAACAGGUCGAGCCGGUAAAUCCGGGAAAGCUAUCACUUUCCUUACUCAUGAGAAUUCGGAACUAUUCUACGAACUCAAGGAGAUGUUACUGGCUAGCCCUGUGUCUAGCUGCCCCCCAGAGCUAUCCAACCACCCGGAGGCGUCCAACAAGCCAGGAACCAUUUCGCAGGGCAGACCCAAGAACGCUGAGCCGAGGAUGGUCAGAUAGAAGGACAGAAAGAUAGAUAAACAACAUACAAGGCUGGUGUUAGCUGGUGUUCGUUUUUCAAGAGUUCAAACAGCUUUGUUUUUUUGAACAUGUAUGUUAUUUAAUUAAAUAAAUCGCAUUUUUAUUUC